AUGGCGAAUCCAGAAAGCGAAUCACUGCGUAGUUCUGAGAAUCUUUCAAAAGACGAGUUAACGUCAGAGUUUGAUUAUAUUCGUAUAAAAUGGUUUAUUCAGGAUGACGGAAAAGGCUUAGCCAAGUCUCUGACGCUUUUUAAUGGAGUCUCGAUAAUCAUUGGUUGUAUUAUAGGAUCUGGGAUAUUCGUUAGUCCUACAGGUGUACAAGAGAAGGCGGGUUCCGUUGGGCUUUCACUGAUUAUCUGGGUUGUGUGUGGAAUCUUCGCUGGCAUUGGUGCUUAUUGCUAUGCUGAACUAGGAACAUUAAUUCAUAAAUCUGGUGGAGAUUAUGCAUACAUCAUGGAAGCUUUUGGAUCAUUUUUGGCAUUUGUUCGAUUGUGGAUAGAAAGCAUAGUUGUAAGCGUGGUUACAGGCAAGCCCCAGUAUUAUGAAUCAUUCGAAAACAUUUUCGAGAACACUGCCCGGGAUUUCAAGACUGCAUCGCUUGCUUUCUAUUCUGGUUUAUUUGCAUAUCAGGGUUGGAACUAUCUGAACUUCAUUGUUGAAGAACUUCAAAAUCCGAAAAGAAACCUUCCUCUAUCAAUUGCCAUAUCGUGUACUACUGUUACCGUCAUCUACACUUUUACGAACAUCGCACUUUACACAGUAAUUACCCCUGACGAAAUGCUCGCAAGUCCAGCUGUUGCUGUGUUGUUUGCGGAAAAAAUGUACGGUAGUUUUGCUUUCAUUAUGCCGGUUUUUGUUGCAUGUUCAACGAUAGGCUCCGCUAAUGGCGUCAUAUUCACGAGUUCACGGUUAUUCUUUGUUGGCGCUCGUGAAGGACACAUGCCUCAAAUAUUGACGAUGAUCAAUAAAACUACAAGGACUCCUAUCCCUGCUGUGGUCUUCACUGGUCUUCUAUCCCUCGCCUACUUGGGAUUAUCUGACAAUGUAUUCUCCUUGAUUAAUUAUAUUCAAAUUAGUUACUGGCUCGCCAUCGCAGCAGCUACAGCUGCACUGUUUUGGCUUAGAAAAACGAUGCCUAAUGUCACUAGACCAAUCAAGGUUAACCUGAUCUUUCCUGUUAUCUUCUUUUUGGGUUGUUGCGCUCUGGUUAUUGUGCCCAUUGUUGGGGCUCCAAAAGAUACAGCAAUCGGUUUGCUUAUCAUGUCCACAGGAGUACCCGUCUACCUGAUUUUUAUUGCGUGGAGGAACAAACCGCGCUGUAUUAACACAGCAACUAGUACGUUAUCAUUAACCAUAAUACACUGUUUAUAUAAACCCUUAACUAUGUUAUUACUCCAAUGA